CAGAAUUCAAUAUAAUAUAAUACAACUAUUUGACUACUAGCGGUUUUCAAAAUAUCAGAAACGCCAUGCAGGUUUGGAAUGACUUGAGGCUGAGUGAAUGUUGACAUUUCUCAUUUUUGGGUGAAAUCCUUUGAAUUCUGUUACUAUUGUUCAGAAUUUUUUUCGUAGAUUAACCUGAAGAAAUAUACAUUUGUUUGGUAAGAAUUUUUUUCAAUCUUUCAGCAUAAAAGUUUUAUGGGGAAAAAAUGCUAUACAGUUCUUAAUUUUGGUGCUUUUGUGUAUUAUAUCCAAAAUAAUGCAUACAGAUGAGAUUUUCAUUUAAUAUUUUAAAAAUGAUAAAAAAAAUUUUUUAAAUGGAAUUGUAAGAAGUGGUCUGUUAUAUUUGGGUUCUCUAAUACAGUGAAUAAUGUGACCCUGUAGUCCUUUAUACAAGUAUAAUCAUUAUCUGAAUAUGAAGUUCUGUAGGCUUAUUUUAUUAUUAUUUUUUUACUGUUUGUUUUGGGGGUAAAAUUGAAUAAAUUAGUUAACAUGCUUUCAUUGUUUAACUAUACUUCUAGACUUUUAAUAUUUAAGAAUUCAUUAAUGUUAAUUUCAACAUUAAUAAAUUCUUAAAAUCAUCAUAUCUUUUAAUGUUAGUUCAUGCACUAAAUAAUUGUCUUAACUAACAUUAACAAGGACUAAUAAACAUUGUAGAAUUUAUAUUCCUAAUUCUUAGUUCACGUUAGUUAAUGCAUUAACUAAUGUUAACAAACUGUAAAAUGUUAGGGUUUUGACUGCCAUCAGUUCCAUGAAUAUUUCAACCUCGAGAAAUGUAGAGAUGCUCUCAAACAGUGGCGUGUCUGUCAUGAACUCAAAGACCCUGGAAGUAGAAGUGUAGUGGUCUUAAGCCUUAGCCUCCUGGUUUUUUGGUGUCUCUGUGGUUAUCCCAUUCAUACCAUGUGACCAAUCAAGCCAAUCACACGCCACGGCAGCAGCUUACAGAUAGGCUCAUCUACUGGCCAGGGAUUUCUGUAAAUGGGAUGAGGGUGAUUAGCUGGGUUUAGGAUGACGUACAGUAACUUUGUGUUUAAUCAUUUGGAUCCUUGGCUUUUGUCCUCCUUUUGCAGAUAGAGGGACACCGAUAUUUGCGUCACUACCUGAGGACACUGCUGUUUUAAUUAUUGAGAUGAAAAUCCAGUUUUAAGAUCGUAAAGAUAAUGUAUUACAUUGGUGUUUGCCUUUAGAAGAAUCUGAGUUGGACUUAGUCUAUUAUGGGUGCGAAGAUCAUCAUGAAAGUAGCUAACAAGUUCUCUCUUUACUGGAAUGGAUUACACAUUGCGCCUUGAACGUACUUUCAACGUUCAACUUCUGUAAGCUACAUUGCACUGCUGUCUUUGGAGAUCACCGAACUCUGAAAAUAGUUUUCUUGGACUUUUAUUUGGACUUUAACUAGGAGAUCAUCAUGGCUCUAAUGAAAGUAAAGUUUGACCUGAAGAAACGGGUGAAGCUGGCCCAGAUGCUAUGGCUCAUGUACUGGUUUUCCAUUAUGGCCGGAGUGAUGGUCUUCAGCAUGGGCCUUUUCUUUAAAAUUGAACUGCGCAAGAGAAGCGAACUUAUGGACAACAAUGAGAGUCAUUUUGUACCCAACAUUCUUAUUGGUGUGGGUCUUUUGGCAUGUUUUCUCAAUGCCUCUGGGGGCAAAAUCUGCUACGACUCGCUCGACUCCACCAAGUUUGUGAAAUGGAAGACCGUUUUGAAGCCCUUUCUCAUUUGUUGUUUGUUCUUCAACUUCCUCCUCAUUGUCACAGCGGUGAUGUGUUUUGCCAUGCGCAUUCCUCUAGAGUUCACACUUGCUGAGGGCCUGAAAAAUGGAAUGAAGUACUACAAGGACACUGAUACACCGGGACGCUGCUACAUGAAGAGAACUCUGGAUCUCAUGCAAAUGGAGUUUCGCUGCUGUGGCAACAACAACUACAAAGAUUGGUUCGAGAUCCAGUGGGUGAGCAACCGGUACCUGGACUUCAGCUCCAAGGAAGUCAAAGACCGAAUCAGCAGCAAUGUGGAUGGAAAAUACUUAAUGGAUGGAGUUCCCUUCAGCUGCUGCAACCCUAGCUCUCCACGACCCUGCAUCCAACAGCAAAUAACCAACAACUCAGCUCAUUACAGCUAUGACCACUACACCGAAGAUCUAAACAUCUGGAAACGUGGCUGCCGAGAUGCUCUGGUGUCCUACUAUGGUGGAAUGAUGAACACUAUUGGGAUACUUGUGCUGAUGGUCACUCUCUUGCAAAUCGCUGUAAUGAUUGGACUUCAGUAUGUAAACACCUCUCUGUCUACACUGGUUAACCCAGAAGACCCCGAGAGUGAGAGCGAGGGCUGGAUCCUGGAGAAGACCGUCAAAGAGACCUUCACCGACAUUAUGGCUAAGAUGAAGGCCAUGGGCAAAGGCAGUCAAGUAGACGAGGGGGCAAAUGAAGAGGCUGUUGCCACUGUGAGCUGAGCGAGCCCUGCCCGCCAAAAUUUUGGGACACCUACCCGAGGUAGAGAGCUGUGGGACACAGUCUAAAACUGUAACUAUAUCACUCACACGACGUAAAGUGUAGACAAAGCCAAUUAAUGAGGAACUGGUGAAGGGGAAAAAAUUGAAAUACAAACUUUUGUCAGUCGGACACUUUCCUGUAAUUAAAUUAGUAUAUUAGAAUCCCAUAUUAUGGUGAAAUUACCCACCCAUCCAAAACAAUAACAACAAACAAACUUAUUAAUAUAAAAAAAUUAUUGACUUGUAAAGAGUGGCUUAAAAUAUAAUAGAUCUACAUUUAUUUUUGCCAGCUUUGCUUUACCCUUUGACUUUGACUAUUUACUUUGUAAUUUUAUAGUUAUAUUUUAUUCCAUAUUUAAGUUGAUAUUCAACCUAAGAAUGGCUAGUCAGGGAUUUGGAAUAUAGAUAUAAAUAUGGAAACUAGCCUCAGUACAGUGAGUCCUUCUAUUUAUUAGGAGUAAACAACACCAUCUGUCAUAUGACAGGUAUGACAAAUUAAAAGAAAACACUUUUUAAAUCACCUUUUAAAAAAGCUAGACAGGGUUUUUUUUCACCCUUGUGGAUUUAGAUAUGAAAUGUGUGCAAUGAGAGUGCACAUACUUUUGACAGAUGGAUAAAGAGACAAGAAGUUAGAUGUCUGUUUUAUUUUAAAGUAAUUUUUAUAUUAAAAAAAUAAAUAAAAGUUAUAUUUCUGAGGACUGUGAUUGUGAAUUGGGAAAGGGUAUAUAGAAAAAAACAUUACAUAUAUUUUUCUGACCUGCCUGAUGAUGAGUACACUGCUGUGUUCAGCAUCAGAUAACACAUGAUUUCAUGAGCACUAAAAGAAGAGGCUGAUUUUGCAGGUUUAGGAGAAUAGCAACAUUUGAGGCCCCUAUAUGUGCUACGAUACAGAGGGAGAACCAUGUACAGGGUGAGGGGAUGCUUGAGAAAGCCCCUGGAGUUGAGGAGACAGCUUGGCAGCUAAAACCUGUCCUGUGACUUCUGCAUUGCUGGGAGCUCCUGUGCUUUUACAUCCGCACAAUUACUCCAAGAAACGGCCCAGGCCAGAGACUGAAACUCUAUGCACAAACCUGUAAUUUUUUUGUAAUUAUUUUAUUUAAAUUCUAAUUAUGUGUCCAUGUAAAUAGCGUAGAAUUAUUUAAUAAUCUACUUUUCUUUUUGUAAAAACACUCGUAAGAUUACUUGUAAGAGAAGUUGAGAUUAUUAGAAUGGUGUUUGGUGUGUAGUAUUUGUCAUUGUGAAUAAAACUUGUUUAAUUGUACAAA